GAAAAUUUCCAUUUAAAAAGGGUAGUAAAUAUUGUAGUCAACAAUACCAUACUUUUCUGCUCAAAUUAAUUUUCUAGAAACAGUCGUAUAAAAAUCAACUGAAGAUGGAAUUAAGGUCGUUCUCGUCACGAUGCAUCCCGAAAUCUGAGAGGGACAACGACUCGCUAGACAAUAACACUGCCACAACGAAAGUUUUCAGGAAUCCGUUGAUUCUCAACCGCGUGUUCGCCCAGCUUGGCGUCCCUGACUUGAAGUCGUCUCGUCUCGUGUCUCACGACUGGCUCGAUAUUUCUAUCGGUUUCUUAGGAAAACUUACUUCCCUCCGUGUAAACGAGCUUUUCCGCCUUAACGGGUCAAACUUACGCGGACUGACCCCUGUAGACGACAAGCUAAUCCAGCGGGUCAAACUGACCAACACCUUUCACGCCUCCGUGCCCACCGAGAAGACGGGCAAGGUCAUAACGGACGCGGUAUGGAUGCUGAAUUUCACCCACAUCCGACACAUUACCGUCUUCAUCGGAGAACUGAAUAUCGCUAUAACCAGCCCAGUAGUGAUUCAAACGUGUCAAAAACUCCCAGUUUUGCCUAAUUUGACCUCGCCUAAGUUCCACUUUGACGCAUUCAUGACCCAUGAUACGUUCCUCGUUGUAAAUGUAGUCCACACUCACAGAAAAAACGACACCGAAUUGACACCAUUCCGGUGUCUAUAUAUGACUCUACCGGUUUGGUGUCAAAUUGACACGGCGCGGUGUCAAUUAUGUUGCACACCGUGGCGGUGUCAACCCAACAUACCGUAGUGACAACACCAACACCGCGAAUGGAUCAGAGGUUGUGCUCAGUUAUGUUGCUUCGACACUGCUAGGUAACGAUAUGACUGCAAUUUAAUAUAUGCAUGUCACCACCCGGUGGCAAAUCGUCCCCGGAUUGUGACAACUGAACUACAACUUUUAGUAACAAAUAUUUUAUUUUACGUUCAACAAUAUUAAUCACUUAAAAAAUUAAUAAAGUAUUUCAAACAUA